AUGAGGUUCAGCCUUGCUGGCGCGGGAGGACAUCUCAGCAUCGACUGUACAGAGACGAUCACCGUGGUUCGACCAAGAAGAACCAUCAGCGAAAGAAAAAUGGGUGCGGUUCAGCUCCUGUACGACUACUCCGGCCUGGCCGGCCUGGCCCUCGUCGCGUUGCUCACCAUCUACACCCUCUGGAGCGGCGUGUACAACUACUACUUCCACCCGCUGGCCAAGUACCCGGGCCCCUUCCUCGCCAAGAUCUCGCCCGUCUACAGCAUCUACGGCCUCUUCCGCGGCCGGUGGCCCUUUGACGUGCACCAGCUGCACCUCCGGUACGGCCCCAUCGUGCGCACCAUGCCGUCGGAGCUCGCCUUCACGGACCCGACGGCGUGGAAGGACAUUUACGGCCACAGACAGGGCCAUCCGCAGUUUCACAAGGACCCCAUCCACGUCGGCUCCGUCCAGGACCUCCCCGGCGCCACGACCCUGACCAUGGCCGACGACGCCAACCACGCCCGCCAGCGCCGCACGCUGUCCCACGCCUUUAGCCAGAAGGCGCUGCUCGAGCAGGAGAGCAUCAUCCGCGGCUACGUCGACCUCUUCGUGCAGAAGCUGACGCCGUUGGCGCGGUCGGGCGCCGCCGUCAACAUGUGCGACUGGUUUAACUUUACGACGUUUGACAUCAUCGGCGACAUGGCCUUUGGCGAACCGUUCGGCUGCCUCAAGGACGGCGUGUUCCACUCCUGGGUCUCCCUCAUCACCGACACGAUCAAGGCGGGCGCCUACGAGCAGGCGACGCGGCGCAUGUUCCGCACGGGUAGUUUCUGGCAGCGGACGCUCGUCAAGCUCAUCCCGAGCGACCUGCGCGAGAAGCGCGUCAGGCACUUGCAACUGAGCCAGGAAAAGUGCCUCCAGUGA